AUGUUCAAAUCGUUCGUCCUUUUCUUCUUCGCCGCCGUAUUGGCCUUGGCUGCUGCUGCUCCCCAACCAGUACCUGCACCUAAGGCACAACCAAAACCCUGGUUGUACUCUGCUCCAGUAGCUUACUCAGCAGUCCCAGCUUACUCCGCCUACUCCUACUCCGCCCCUGUAGCCUAUUCAGCCCCUGUAGCCUACUCAGCCCCUGUAGCAUAUUCUGCCCCAGCAGUAUUGGGAUACAGCGGAUACGGAGCCGUCCUAGUGUAA